GGGGGGUAUUUCCAGCGACAGCACUGGGGGUUGUUCAUUGCCCAUCGGUGUGCUGACAGCGAAGCCAUGGCUGAGGAGCAGCGGGACCUCAUCUCCGACCGCGGCAGCAGCGUGCUCAACCCUGGGGACAACCAGAGGUCUGCGUGGGGCCGCAAAGCCGCCCUCUCCACGCUUUCCAUCUUGGUGGCCCUGCUGAUCGCCGGCCAGGCUGUCACUGUCUACUUUGUCUACCAGCAGAGCGGGCAGAUCAGCAAGCUGACCAAGACCUCCCAGACCCUGCAGCUGGAGGCACUCCAGAGGAAGCUGCCCACCAGUGCCAAGCCAGUGAGCAAGAUGAGGAUGAAUCUAGACAUGCCUCUAGCCAUGAGGGUCCUGCCUCUUGCCCCCUCUGCAGACAAGAUGAACAUGGCCCCUCCUAGCAACAAAACCGAGGACCAAGUGAAGCACCUGCUGCUGCAAGCAGACCCCAGGAAGAUGUUCCCGGAGCUGAAGGACAACCUGAUGGACAACCUGAAGAGCCUGAAGAAGACCAUGACUGAUGCAGACUGGAAGUCCUUUGAAUCCUGGAUGCACAAGUGGCUGCUGUUUGAAAUGGCCAAGAACCCCAAGCCGGAGGAUCAUAAGGCGAUCCCAGCGGAGAAAGUGCAAACUAAGUGCCAGGUGGAGGCCAAUUUUGGGGGUGUCCAGCCGGGUCGCUUCCGCCCACAGUGCGAUGAGAACGGCGACUACCUGCCCAAGCAGUGCAAUGCUGCCACAGGCUACUGCUGGUGCUCCUACAAAAAUGGCACCAGGAUUGAGGGCACUGCUACUCGGAAAAAGCUGGACUGCCCCGGUGCUGCUGUUGCUGCUGCCACCACCACUGUGGACCCAGAGGAGAUGAUCUUCUCCGGGGUGGACGCGUACCAGCUGGGUGCAGAGAAAGGAGCCAAGUAGAAGAGGAUGCCAGCGGAUGCCUGUCCCGUCUUCAGCAUCCCAGCUCACAUGUUUUAUUAUUUUUGUUCUAUUUCAUUUCUGCUCUUACAUUGCUUUUCCAAGGCGAUUAACAAUGGGCACCCCUGCCCCUCAAGGCACCGAUUGUGACCCUUCCCCUGCUGCAGAUGGGGCUGAGCUGCCACCAGGAUCAGUGCUAGAGGCAAAGUGUUCCCUCACAGGGUGGGUAAAGCAGGCUGGAAAAUUAUUUCAACUAUGUCAGACCCAUAAACCCUGUUCCAUUUUCCUCAUCGGCAUCCCUCAGCAGCCACGCAGCAGCAGGUGCAGAGCUCACCCCUGCUGAAGAAUGAGCCCUUAAUGCUUUCUUACUCUGAACAUUAAAAGCAACAAAACAACCUCCACCAGCUUCUUAACUGACCCCCGUAGGUUGAAGCCCUGUUAGAUUACUAGAGGGUAGUUUUGUAGAGAAGACAUUCACCUUCAGCUUUUGCCUUCACGCUCGAUAACAGCCACAGCAGUGGGUAACAGCAGGCAGAGGAGCUGACCCUGGAGUCAGAGGGGCUUCUAAUUUUUCUGAAUAUAUCUGAUAGUUCCUUUAUAAAUGAUCUCACAAGCUAAUUAUUUCUAAUAAACUUUUGAAUAAGAAAGCCUUGUAAGCAACUCCAGCAGUGCAGUGCUUGCGAACAGUUUACAGCUGUCCUAGGUUAAAAAUAAAUGAAUCUUAAGAAAAAAGGGAACAUCUGUGCCCCCACCCAGGAUCACAUAUAUUCCUUGCCACAUUCCUGGCCCAUCACUUGUUCAAUCUUCCCUGCACCCUGGGGUCCCCCUGCGCCUAGCACAACCCAAGAGGCUGAAGUCACUUUUAAGUGAGUUGCAGCAUGGGGCGUGGGGGGAGAGGAGAGCAGUCCCCUGUGCCAGGAGCCAUCUCCCUUCUGCACCCGGAUUGCGCCGGUGUGAAGGUGGCAGCCAGAGAGCUCUGCCCUCACCAGCAGAGCCUGGAGCCAGGCUGCACAGCAUGGCAGGGAGGAUCAGAAGGGGAUCUGGUCCCUUUUUUCCUCACGUCCUAAACCCCCGG